CAGGGAGCAGCCGGGGGCUUGGCGGCGGCGUCUGGCUCCGGCUCCUCCUCCUCCUCCAUCUCCUCCUCCUCCUUUCUCCCUCCAUCUGCCGUGGUUAUGGCCCGUCGCUGGAGCACAAAAGAGUCUCCGUGGUGGAGGUCUGCCUUGGUCUUGGUUUUCCUCGCAGGGGUGUACGCUUGUGGAGAGACUCCAGAACAAAUUCACGCACCAAGUGGUAUAAUCACGAGCCCAGGCUGGCCCUCUGAGUAUCCUUCCAGAAUCAACUGUAGCUGGUUCAUAAGGGCAAACCCAGGGGAAAUCAUUACUAUCAGUUUUCAGGAUUUUGAUAUUCAAGGGUCCAGAAGGUGCAGUUUGGACUGGUUGACAAUAGAAACAUAUAAGAAUAUUGAAAGUUACAGAGCUUGUGGUUCGACGGUUCCACCGCCAUACAUCUCUUCACAAGACCACAUCUGGAUCAGGUUCCAUUCAGAUGACAGCGUAUCUAGAAAGGGUUUCAGACUCGCAUAUUUUUCAGGGAAAUCUGAGGAACCAAACUGUGCUUGUGAUCAGUUUCGUUGUGGUAAUGGAAAGUGUAUACCAGAAGCCUGGAAAUGUAACAACAUGGAUGAAUGUGGAGAUAGUUCCGACGAAGAGGUCUGCACCAAAGAAGCUAAUCCUCCAACAGCUGCUGCUUUUCAGCCCUGUGCUUACAACCAGUUCCAGUGUCUGUCUCGGUUUACCAAAGUUUACACUUGCCUCCCCGAGUCUUUAAAAUGUGACGGAAACAUCGACUGCCUCGACCUUGGAGAUGAGAUAGACUGUGAUGUGCCAACUUGUGGGCAGUGGUUGAAAUAUUUUUAUGGUACUUUCAAUUCUCCCAACUAUCCAGACUUUUAUCCUCCUGGAAGCAAUUGCACCUGGUUAAUAGACACUGGAGAUCAUCGUAAAGUCAUUUUACGCUUCACUGACUUCAAACUUGAUGGUACUGGGUAUGGCGAUUAUGUCAAAAUAUAUGACGGAUUGGAGGAGAAUCCACACAAGCUUUUGCGUGUGCUAACUGCUUUUGAUUCUCACGCACCCCUUACAGUUGUUUCUUCUUCUGGACAAAUAAGAGUGCAUUUCUGUGCUGAUAAAGUGAACGCUGCAAGAGGGUUUAAUGCUACUUACCAAGUGGAUGGUUUCUGCUUGCCGUGGGAAAUCCCCUGCGGGGGUAACUGGGGUUGUUACACUGAGCAGCAGCGUUGUGAUGGGUAUUGGCAUUGCCCAAAUGGAAGAGAUGAAGGCAAUUGUACCAUGUGCCAAAAGGAAGAAUUUCCAUGUUCUCGAAAUGGUGUCUGCUAUCCUCGUUCUGAUCGCUGCAACUAUCAGAAUCAUUGCCCAAAUGGCUCCGAUGAGAAAAACUGCUUUUUCUGCCAGCCGGGAAAUUUCCACUGUAAAAACAACCGUUGUGUGUUUGAAAGCUGGGUGUGUGAUUCUCAAGAUGACUGUGGUGAUGGCAGCGAUGAGGAGAAUUGCCCAGUCAUUGUGCCUACCAGAGUCAUAACGGCUGCUGUCAUAGGGAGCCUUAUUUGUGGCCUGUUACUCGUCAUUGCACUGGGCUGUACUUGUAAACUUUAUUCUCUAAGAAUGUUUGAACGAAGAUCAUUUGAAACACAGUUGUCAAGAGUAGAAGCAGAAUUGUUAAGAAGAGAAGCCCCUCCUUCUUACGGACAGUUGAUAGCUCAGGGUUUAAUUCCACCGGUUGAAGAUUUUCCUGUUUGUUCACCUAAUCAGGCUUCUGUUUUGGAAAACCUGAGACUAGCUGUACGAUCUCAGCUUGGAUUUACUUCAAUCAGACUUCCAAUGGCAGGCAGAUCCAGCAACAUCUGGAAUCGUAUUUUUAAUUUUGCACGAUCACGUCAUUCCAGGUCAUUGGCUUUGGUAUCAGCAGAUGGAGAUGAGGUUGUCCCUAGUCAGAGUACCAGCAGAGAACCUGAAAGAAAUAAUACUCAUCGAAGUUUGUUUUCCGUGGAGUCUGACGACACAGACCCAGAAAACGAGAGGAGGGCUUCCGCGGGAGCAUCUGGUGGGAUUGCGGCCCCGUUACCCCAGAAGGUCCCUCCCACGGCAGCAGUUGAAGCAACAGUGGUGGCAUGUGGCAGUUCCUCGACUCAGAGUACCCGAAGUGGUAAUACAGAUAAUGGAAGGGAUGUGACCAGUGUGGAAGCCCCAAGUGUCAGUCCGGCACGUCACCAACUCACAAGUGCACUAAGUCGUAUGACUCAGGGGCUCCGUUGGGUACGUUUUACAUUAGGACGAUCAAGCUCCGCAAAUCAGAACCAAAGUCCUUUGAGACAACUUGAUAAUGGAGUGAAUGGAAGAGAAGAAGAUGAUGAUGUUGAAAUGCUAAUUCCAAUUUCGGAUGGAGCUUCAGACGUUGAUGUGAGUGACUGCUCCAGACCUCUUCUCGAUCUUGCCUCAGAUCAAGGACAGGGGUUCAGACAACCACUUAAUGCAACAAACCCUGGAGUGAGGCCAGCUAAUCGAGAUGGCCCCUGUGAGCGCUGUGGUAUUGUCCACACUGCUCAGAUACCAGACACUUGCUUAGAAGCAGCACUAAAAAAUGAAACGAGUGAUGAUGAGGCUUUGUUACUUUGUUAGGUAUGAAUCAAAUAAGAGAGAUUGUAUUCAAGUUGGAGCAAUAUCCAUUCAUUGUUUCGUAAUUUACAGUUAAACUAGUUUUAGUUUAAAAAGAAAAAAGAUGCAGGGCGAUUUCUUCGGAUGCGUUAGCCUGCAUGGUUAAAUUAAGUACUCCUUGUAACUCUAUAAACUUUAGAGUUUACUGUUUUAGCAUCUGCCAAUACAUUAUGUAUUCAUAUUGUUUAAUGAUGUUCUUCCAUUUGUUUCUAAUUGUUUUUAUUCUGGUACUAUAGUUCACAGUAGACAUAUGGCUGCAGAAACUCAUUUGACCGUCAGUUUAUCUAACCUAUGUUAAAAGGUUUGUUUGUACGAUAUAAUAUCUUUUAAUUGAACCCUUUAUGCUUUGCCAGCACACCUUGAAACUUAAUCUACUAGAUGUUACGGUUGUUAAUGUAUAAAAGAAAAAUCUUAUACUCGCUUGUGUUUUUAUUUAUAUAACAUUUGUCUAAAUAUUAUUGGAUUUCAUCACAAUAUGAACUUGUCAGAGGGAGAAAAUACCUUUCUCUUAGUAGUUUUCUCUUCUGUUUAACAUGCAGUGAUGUGAAAUUUAGAUAGAUAAAUCAUUGGCAAAAAACAAAACUUUUAUAGAUUUUCUAAGAUUGACUUUAAUAUUCUAAUAUGGUAUAAACCAAAAGGUAAAUUCCCAUCAUUUCUUUUUUCAUCUCUACUUAGGGAUAGAAUUAAGUGGAUGAAGAUAUUCUACUAUGCAUUAAAUCUUGAACUUUAUAAAAUAUGUACAAAAAUUGUACACGUGAAGCUCCAGCUGGUAACGUCUUUCCCUGGUACAGGGUUAACGCGUGUCUUGAACCCUAGGGAUUUGCACUAAAAUCUUAUCAAGAUCUCAGAUGAGUUUAGUGCAUAAGCACUAUCACUUUAAAUACUAUUAUUUGCUACCACAAUAACUAUAUAUUUCCAUAGCUUUUUUUCUUGGGGGGGGGGGAUGCAUUUUUAUUACAACUUUAAAUUGCUUUACUGGUUUCAUAUUUAUUUGUUGUAUUUAAAGACUGCAUUAUUGUAAGAAAGUGAUUUUUUUUUCCCAAUGUAUUUUAUUCAUUUUUUUGUGGGGGGGUGUCUCAUACUAAUGCUGAAGAAAAGCAGAUCAAGGAAGCGUUCAGCUCACCACCACCCCCUUUUGUUAACUAGUGUGGAUUGCAAAACCCUGCCUGUUUUUUGUAUUGUCAGUUCCUAUUUAUUUAUUCUGUAGUUGUCUGUUUUAGUAGGCUAAUGACUGAGUAUGAAAAAUGUAUUUGUGUGUGAUUAUUGCUAUUUAUUAAAUUUUAAAUACUUUGCUGAAUGUCAUUUUAAAGCAUGUUUGAGGUCUUGUGUAUUUGUUGUGUUAUGCUGUCAGGAAGCCUGACUAAAAUGUUUUAAUAUGUAUCAAAAAUUAAAAAGAUUUUUUUUAUAUUGCCUUG